AUGUCGGAUCCAACGCCCCUUCCCAUGUCGGGGCCGGUUGCUUCGCCUCGUGACCGAUCACCUACUUCCAUCAAGACUGGCCCCCAGCCGGAACUCUCACGCACGGAGCAGUCUGCGUGGCAGAGAGAAAAGACAGCAUUCAACGCCGAUGCAGGAAGAAAGAAUAUUAGAAAGAAUCCGUCGAGUCGAUACCAGAGGGUUAUUAUAGGCGAGGAUGACGGCGAUAGAGACUUUGCAAAGUGUGCAGAGAUGAUCGCCAAUGUCAUUCUUGCGAGGCAGAAAUACAAGCAACGAGACAAGGGUGAGUUUGAUAGCCUAACAAAAGAGGGCGACGAGGAAGAAUCCUCUGACAUUACCCCAGGGGACGACGAGACAACACUAGUAUUUGACCGGGGCGUUUAUCGGUUUGGCGGCAUGAAGACGCAUGUAAUACCGUGGGAAACGUAUGUACGGGACGUGCGGUUGGUCUACAGUGUGAUUGAAUCUGGCCCCUGUCUUUCAGCGGCGAGGUCCCGACUCCUUACUUUGGAGAGAAAGUCACAGUUAUUUGCAUUGUUGAAUUGGAAAAUAGAGUCCAAUGUAGAUAGACCUGUGUGUGGUGACAAUAUGUAUGUCCAGUGUACGCGCGUUGACAACGCACUACAGUUGAACACUUCUGUCAUAGCUCAGGUUGUGCUUGAGUUCAUCAUCUCAACAGCCACUGAACAACCACGUACCCCGCUAUUCCGGGAGAAGGGGAAAACCGUACUGCUGCAUGAAUACUUGGAAUCUCAUGGUGUGAAGGACCCACGUCAGCUAACAGUGCAAGGACUUGGGAUGCACCCGCCCAAGUAUCACAACAAAUUUCAGCAAUACGAUGCGUUUGACUCGGCGCUCAACCCAGGAGGCCGUUUUGCCACCGAUUUGCUUCAGUCAUUUCUCUCUACAAACGGUUCGAGAGAUGGUGAUCUCCUUGGGUCUAUCAUUCGUCCAGAGUUCGAACAGCGGGAGUUCCGGGGGCGACAGACCUUUGCCACAGAAAUGCAACUUAAGGUUUAUGGACACAAUGCGGAGGAACUAGAGAAACUUGCUGCGUGGGUGAGUCGACAAGGGUUUAACUCAUUCACCCUAAACAGCUGGACAAUUUGCAUCCCCCGUACUGCACCCCCUGAAGGGCCAAACAUGCAACCUAUUACAUGUGACACCUUUUCCGACCAACUAAAGAAUAUUUUCUAUCCGAUGUUUAUGGCUACAUUGCACCCAUCAGAACAGCGGUGGGUGGACGUCGCCUUAUUACUGAAGAAAACAGGCUCCAUCAGCAUUCUAACGGGGUCUCAAACGCAAUCGCAGAGCAUUACAUUGGAUGCUGUAAGUCCGGAGCAAGUGAAAUACACAGCUUCCAUUAGCGACUGCUACUUCUUUUACUACAUAUGGUCUAACCUUUUAGCGCUGAACUGCCUGCGCGCGCGGUAUGACUUAAACACACUCAACUUCAGUCCCUCCGUGUUCGAGCGGGCCCCCAUGUACGAGCAACUGAUAUCCAGUUUCCUACUAGGUGACGUAGUGUACCACGCCAACACGCUGCAAAGUAGCUGGAUCAUGCAGUACCUCUUCAUGUACUGUCGGAUUGGUAUUGUUAUGUCACCUCUGCGUGACAAUGCGCUGAGCAUGUCUUACUUUGACCAUCCCAUUGUUCGAUACUUUCUCCGGGGAUUGGUGGUAUCUAUAACAACAUCCGAUCCUCUUUAUGUGCACCACUCAAUCAAUCCACUGCUGGAGGAAUACGCAACGCUGAUGAAGUUGUUUUCCAUGACGCCAAUGGCUGUGUAUGAACUGUCGCGGAACAGUGUUCUCAACAGUAACUUUCCUGACGCGGUAAAGCAAAAGUGGUUGGGUGACAUCUUUCAGCACCUGGAGUUUGGUGGAGGUGAUGUUCGCCGCUUGGGUGCCUGUGAUUCCCGUUUACAAUUCCGCCAAGAAUGUUUAGUACACGAAGAGGCGGUGCUGAACCUUGUCCUUUCGCAGGUGGCUAAGAAGGGAGAGCAGCCCACACGCAUAAACAUGGUCACCGUGACGGGUGCCGCAAGGACGUUGGACGACGAUCUUCAACAGUUGCGAAAUGCAAAGCGAGCCAAUCACACGGAUUGGCGUGUCGUCUUCUCACGAAUCGAUGUUACUGACGGGCCCACAGGCUUCCGUGAACGAGAAGCAGUCGAGCUGCUUCGCGAAAUUAUUGUUCUCCGAAGUAAGUACGUUAAUCCGCGUGUUAAAUAUGUUGACGUAAAGGUGGAGGAUGUAUUCAACGACUCUAAUUUCGAUGAGUCGCUUUGGGAAUAUAACAACUACUAUGGUGUUUUUCUCACGUGUCGCAGUGGGUUGGCGCCACAGUGGCCAAGUUUCAUUCCUCCUGUUAAGGAGUUCAUACGUGACGUGUACACCGUCCGGGGUGCGGUUAUGGGUCACCAAAAGCUGCGGAAUCUCGCUACGCAGCGGUUGAAUCUUCUGGAGCGGAAGUUCCAUCUUCACCUGGCCCUUAACAUUUCUAAAGAAGCUGGUAAGAAGGAGGAAAAGGAAUGGAAUAACAGGGACUUUUUCACCGCGCAUAAGGUGGAUACUAACGUGCAAACGGCGGCCGGUAUGAAUGCCCGUACGCUGCUGGAGUUCUUCGUGGAGAAGGCGCUUCAUCAUGGACAUGAUGUAGUGUUUGAGGAGGACAACCAGCCGGUGACAUUAAGGCAAGUGCUGGAGCGGCACAAGAUUAAUCCCACGCGCAUUACCGUCGAUGAAUUGAAUCAUUUGUUAAACACGAACCCGCAGCUGCGCACAACUUUUUUGGACCCGGAUAACUUUAUGAAGGGACGCUAUUUUGCUGAACUGACAAAACGCACACUAGAGCUGUAUCAGGAGGAUGCUUUCAGUUUUUCUGAAAACCGUUUGGUUAUUGGUGGCAAAUCAAAGAGUGAAUGGGCCUUGUUGGCACACUGGUUUGAUCGCUAUGGCAUGGCGAGCAGGCAGAACCGUUGGAUGAUUAGUUUGCCCCGGUGCUACCGUCGGCUCCGUCAGCAGGGGAUCGUGCGUAACUUCGGCGAGUACUUGGACAAUAUCUUCCAGCCCUUGUGGGAAGUCAGUCUUCAUCCCGCCAAAGACACGAGAUUUCACUAUUUUCUCACACACGUAUCAGGGAUGGACUGCGUUGAUGAUGAAACGAAAAUUGAUCUUCCACUCACCUGCAAGUACCCACACGACUGGAAUAGUGAGUUAAACCCGCCAUAUAACAUGUAUCUCUACUACUAUUGGGCAAACAUUACAACAUUGAAUCAGUUCCGCGCAUCGCGCGGACUUAGCACCUUCGCGUUUCGACCCCAAUGCGGUGAGUUGGGGGACAUUGAACAUCUCAUUGGGGGAUUUUUGCUGGCCGAUGGCAUUAACCAUGGUGUGACGCUGCGUAACAACCCCGUGCUAGAAUACAUGUACUAUAUAACUCAGGUGGGUGUGGCGAUGUCGCCGUUGAGCAAUACCGCGGCCGCCUCAGAGUAUCUUUUGAACCCCUUUCCUCUAUUUUUUCGCCGUGGGCUAAAUGUUAGCCUUGCGACCAAUCAACCGCUUUACUUCCACUUCACACGGGAACCGCUUAUUGAAGAAUACUCUAUUGCCGCCAAACUUUGGAAGUUUGAAUUCAAUGAUUUGUCAGAGAUUGCACGUAACAGUGUGCUACAGAGUGGCUUCCCUCACGCAUGGAAGAAGAACGCCCUCGGGAAUUUGUAUUACCUCAAUUCGACACUUGGAAAUGAUGCACGCAAGAGCCGAGUCUCUGACAUACGUGUUGCCUACCGCUACGAGGCAUAUCAUGAGGAAAUGAACUUUCUGUCGGAACAACUGGACAGGGAUGAGAAGAUACCCCGGGCGAUGACGCUUCUAGAAGAAGAGAUCGCUGUUUACGAAAAAGAAACUGGGAAAAGGGUAGAUAUGCCAUCUUUGUUGAAGCUUGAUGAUGGAAGUCUUCCCAAGGACCCACCCAAGACCGUUGCGCGGCUACGGGAAGAGGUGGAAUAUUUGCAGAGGAAGAUACUGCAUUCAAAUUCGGUUAUCUCAACCUACAGGAAGGAAAACAAUUGCAUUGUAGAACACUUUAACCGUAUACGAAGUCGGCUUGCUAGCAGCAGCUUCGUGGUGAUGGGUAAUCUGAGUCGCAAGUACGAGCAGAUGGACAUUGAAAGUUCUGAUGAACGAGGUAACGUUGCUUCGUUAUGUAACGACGAGAGCAGGGAUUCUUAA